GGGGAGUAUAUAUACACACCCACACGCUCUUAUACUGACAUUACAUUGACUUUCUUCACCAUCUCUCUCUCUAAAACCUACUUUCUCUCUCUAAAACCAUUUCCUCUGCUCCAUGGACGAUCUGCCGUCCGGUUACCGGCCGAACGUCGGCGUUUGUCUCAUCAAUUCCGAUAAUCUGGUGUUCGUGGCUUCCAGGUUAAAUGUACCAGGAGCAUGGCAAAUGCCUCAGGGUGGAAUUGAAGAGGGAGAAGAGCCGACUUCCGCCGCAGUUAGGGAACUUCGAGAAGAAACGGGAGUUGUUUCUGCUGAAAUAAUUGCAGAGGUUCCCAAAUGGCUGACUUACGACUUCCCACCUGCUGUUAAAGCUAAAGUGAAUCGUUUGUGGGGAGGAGGUGAAUGGCAUGGACAAGCACAAAAAUGGUUCCUGAUGAGACUAACAAAAGAUGAAAGCGAAAUCAAUUUGGCGAGUGGUGAAGUUGAUCCAGAAUUUUCAGAGUGGAAAUGGGCAAGCCCUGAAGAAGUCGUCGAACAGGCGGUGGACUACAAAAGGCCGACAUACGAGGAGGUUAUAAGAACGUUCAUGCCUCAGUUGAACGACGGUGGAAAAGCAGCAGCGAAAUGCAGGUCGACCAAAUGGUGAUGCAUGAAGAGCAUGUCUGUCAAGUAAGCUUUGGAAUCCCGAACUAUUAUCGUUAUUAUUAUUAGGUUGCGCCUUGUACAUGAAUGUAACGAUUAAAACCUUCUCAGAUAGGUGUCCAUUUAUUCCUUCCUAAUAAAAUGUUGCCUAAAUUACCUACACAUUC